GUACCAAGUUGUUGAAGAGAAAAUGAGACUAUUGUUUUUGUUUGCAUGAAAAAUUUCGUGAUAGUUUUUCUUAAGUAUAUUCUAAAAAAAUCAUUGAAUUCCCUUACAUUUAUGUAAUGUCUUCUGUACCUUCUCCAAACAUCACAAGUGUGGUACCGCAAGAAUCACAAUUAGUAAAGAAAUUAUGUUCACCGGAAGUCGAGGAAGCUUUACUAUCGACAUGUCCUAAAUGCGGUGAGAGUAAUGAGAUCAGCAAAGUACGCUAUAUGUUUGUGAAUGAAGAAGAAGCUGUGCUGAAAUGUGAAAGUUCGGAUUGUUUAUAUCCAUUCCGGGAAUUCAUUUUCAAGAAUUUCUCUGAUGGUACGGUGUACCGGUAUCAGAUUGAGUAUUCGAAACAACUUUUUGAUAGUGAGAUAGUCCCCUACGAAGGAUUAAUUGAAGAUUUGUCAUUACAAUUAGAUGGAAAAGCAGAUGUACUGUCUCCAGAAGAACCGUAUCCUCUAGAUUUUGACUUAGAUGCAGUUUUGGAGCAUGACACCGCUAGCGAUUUAAGUGAACAAUUCAAUGAUAUUAAAAACUGGCUUGAGAACAUCGUUGAUGAGAAGAAAGAGAAAAUCAAAGAGAAUAUUGAAGAGAUCUUAGCAGAAAGAUUUCAUACACCUACUCCGCGAAAGCUCAAAAAAUGUUUAGAAUUCGUCAAGAAUGAGUACACUAAACAGGAAGUUAAACAGACAGAUAAAUUAAAAGUUUCGCAAAUCACACCUAAGAAGACAUCACAAAGUCUAAGUCCUCUGGAUAUUCUCAGAGCCAUUAAAUCCUCUGGAAUAAUUUCCCUUGAGAAUCUCAAUGUUGGAAAGGAACCCACAAAUUACAUUAAAACAGAUGAUCAGUACUGUGUCAGAUCUCGUGAAGAAUAGACGGAUUUAAGCAGAGCGCAUUUUGUGAUUAAUUUUUUUCUCUUUGAGUGAACUCUUUGACCAAUUUUUUUUCUCUUUUCUCUGUGAAAUAAACUUUUUGAAUUUAUAUCUAUUGAAUAUAAAUACUUAAGAACUCUUUCUUAAAGUUAAGUGAAAUGGGAGAACAUUUGGGGGGGCGGGCGCCUCCUGAAAGGUUUAAUAUCUACAAUGCAACCCACAGAGGAGAAAUGCCUACCUGAGGGGGUGUUCUGGGCUCCGACGGGUCGACCGGGCUCAGUUCACCCUCCGACCAUCCUUACUGAACCUAUUAAUUUAUACGGCACGAUAUCUUCCGAAAGUGCCUAAAUUUUGUAUAUAGGGCCUAAAAUUCUUUUUAGGCUUCUUUUCUUCUGAGCAUUCAGAUAAAAUGUUAUAGAGAACACAAAAAUGUGUGCAAGCAAAAGGAAUCUAGCAGUACUGAAACUACUUCCAAAGAAAAGAGUAAUUCAAUUAGCUAUGAUCGAGGUACCAAAAAAAACUGAAAAAAUCUCUCUUGAAUGAUAAAGGCCAGAAGAAAGAGUAAAAUACGGAAAUUGUGGGGAGUUCUGAGAGGAUUCGUACCAAGAAUUAUGACAUCACAAAAAUAUCCCGCACGAAAAAGCACUGCAAGAAAUAGAAUUAAAACUCUCAUUAUCAGAAUAUACUCUUUAUUCGUAUAUAUAUAAUAUAUAUAUAUAUGCGAAUAUGUAAAUUAAA